AUGUCUCUCUUUGAUUCAAUUUCUUCAAUCUCCAAAGUUAUUUCAACACCAAAUAAGUCAUAUUUGAAUAAUAAUAAAAAUUCAAUGGCCCAAUUCACUGAAAAUAAUGUCCAAUCAGGUCUCGUUAGUGGUUUAUUAUUUAAUGUUGCUGAAAGUUUAAAUAAAGCCGGUCUUUAA